AUGGGGACUGAGGUAGCAGCCGUAGUGGACGUCCGGUCGCUGACACAGUCGGAUCUCGUGGCCCUAGCUGCCGCGUCGCCCUACGCCGUCGACCCCCGCCGGGGCCGCCGCCGCGAUGGCGAGUUCCUCCCGCCCCCGAAGAUCGACCGCGCCGUUUUCAACGAGAGCGCAGGUUCCCGCAAGCAGACCUUCUCCCGCCGCCGCGUCGCCACCAACAUAUCCCACAACCUGACGCCCACCACCACCGGGGCCGCCUCCUCCUUGUCUACGCCAGCUGCCCCCACCGAGGAGGACCCCGAGAACCGCCUCAUCGUGUUCCACCUCCAACGCCUCUUCGCGCGUGACGACCCCUCGUACCCUGCUCCGCCUCCGAUUCCACCCCGACCGCAAACCCUAGCCGCGCCCGCGAUAACAGCACCUGCGCCGUCGCCGCCGCCGGCGGCGGCUGCUGCUGCGGCGACAGACCCCGAUAGGGUAGUGCUGAAUCCAAAGGGUGUGGCGGUUGAUCUGGCGAGGCUCGCCGAGCUUGUGGAUCCCUAUGGGGAGGAGCUACGGCAGCGUACGGCAGGAUUGGGGUCGGAGUCCGAGCUGCUGGGAUUCAUGAACGCGCUGGAAGGGCAAUGGGGAAGCAGGAGGCGUCGAAGGAAGUUCGUGGAUGCUGGCAUGUUCGCUGACCACCUGCCCCGUGGAUGGAAGCUGCUGCUUGGGCUCAAGCGAAAGGAGCGUGUCGCAUGGAUUAAUUGCCGCCGUUAUGUGAGCCCCAAAGGACAUCAGUUCGCUACUUGCAAAGAAGUCUCUUCCUACCUCAUGUCCCUUAUUGGAUAUCAGGAGGCAAAGACAACUGCGUUUCAGAUUAAUAGUGCAGGAGUGCAUGGCCUAGAUGUUAAUUCUGUAGGUCUUCAUCAGCAAACCAUCUCAAUUGAGGAAAAGCAAAUUUCAGUGCCAGUUAAUUCAGUUACAUUGUUUAAUCCCUCUGGUGAUUCUCAUCAACAAAAACUUCAGAAGGAUGAAGCUCCAAUAGAAGUGAAUGCAAAGGAGUGCCGGAAAUGCAAUUUGACGUUUCAUGACCAGAGCGCCUAUAUGCAACAUCAGUUGUCCUUUCACCAAAGGAAAGCUAAAAGGCGCAGGGUUAGUAAAUCUGGAGAAUUGGAUACCAACAUAGAUGGAAAGUACGAGAAGACUCAGCACAAGACAUCUGGAGAGGUAUCUGGCAAUUUUGGCCACAGCGUUGUAGAUGUAAGGUAUCAAGGUCCGAGUCCAGCAGAACUGUUUGAUGGUCAACCAUCCUUGGUGGCAGUGCCAUGUGGAUUUGAGGAGAUGACUGUGUUGCCUCAACAGGGAAAAGAACCUUCUGUGUUGCCUCAACAGGGAAAGGAACCUUCUGUGUUGCCUCAACAGGGAAAAGAACCUUCUGUGUUGCCUCAACAGGGAAAAGAACCAUCUAUGUUGCCUCAACAGGGAAAAGAACCUUCUAUGUUGCCUCAACAGGGAAAAGAACCUUCUAUGUUGCCUCAACAGGGAAAAGAACCUUCUGCGUUGCCUCAACAGGGAAAAGAACCUUCUGAGUUGCCUCAACAGGGAAAAGAAUCUUCAGGAGAUAUCUCUGUGAAUCAUCAGGACCCUCUUAAGGAGAUGAAUGGCUUUCCUGAACAGGAAAAAGGACUUGCUGCUGGAGAACUCGUCCCUGUGCAUCAUAAGGAGUCUCUUAAGGAUAUUACAGAUACAGGUGAAAUAAUAAAAGAACAUCCCACCAGAGAGCCUUCCUCUGGGCAUCCUCUGGAUACUGUUGACAAUUCUGAUGACCAUAAAACCCACGAUGAAGCAUGUGACAGUGCUGUAGCUUCUCUUUCUGUUGAUGCUGAAAGAAAAUUGAGUAUUUGCAACUCCAUGAAUGUUCAUGAGAAUGUCAGCUCAAAAGAUUCAGAACUUUCAAGUGCAGAUUAUUCCCAAAAGUUCAAUAGGUCUGAUGAAACUUGUGAUGUACAUAAAGAAGUUUCUUCAACUGUAAAUGAUCCUGAUGAAAGAAAAUGCACAGAUGAUCCAACGGGGUGUAUUAAUAUGACACAAUCCAUACAAGUUUCUGAGUCCUGUGAUCUACUGCAUGGCAAAUUUGUCAGUUCUCCUGAAGAACAUGAUUUUAAUGGCCAGCUGGAAAGUAACCCACUUUCAGUAUCUAGGGAUGAGCCUGAUCUUAAUUCAAUUGGUAUGGAAGUGGAUGAUGGCAAUAUAUCUUGCAACGUCGAAAACCCCAGAAGCUUCAAAAGUGACAAAUCUGCUGAGGACAAGAUUAUGGAUUGCGAAAUGACUUCUUUGAAAGACAGUGAACUAAAAAAUGGUGUGAGAGUAAGGGAUGUAAAUCUCAAUUCAUGUUUGGAUUCAAUAUCUUCUCCUAUUUCUGGUGGAAACUAUGAAACAUCUGAUACUCCUGAUGAUGCUAUUCGAUCAUCCAUUAUUGCCCAAUGCUUCGGUACUACCUCUAAUGAUGACACUGCUUGUAAGGAUGGAAACUUUGCCGACCAGAACAACACCUGUAAGGGUGAACAUUUUGUCAACCAGAAAAAUGACAUGAUGUAUCAAUCUAAUUUGGCCAUGGACCCUAUACCUCGAGCUCAAAUAAAUGUGGAUUGUUUCACUUCUUCCUGUUCAAUGACUCCUGAAAUCAAGGACUAUGGCAACAGAGGUGAAGAUAGUGCCAAAGAAGCAUUGGUGAAUUCACAAAACAUGACAAGUAAUGAAACUGGUUUUGAUGCUGAAGCUUAUAACAGUGAUAUCUUCAAUGGUACUAUCACAGAAAGUAGUCUUGCCCAGCUGAAUAAUGUCAUUCAUAUGAAACAUGAUUUUGCAAACUGUUACUCAUUAUCUGACCUAAACACACUUACUGGUGGUACUGCAACUGAUGAUAUUGAUAUCCACAAUAUGAGGAGUUCUUUUGUCAGCUCCACCAAUCGAACUGAACCAAAUGAGCACUGCACGUUGGAUUUUGAUAUCAAGGGUUCCAUGCUUGAGGCAUUGGAAAAAUCUGACAGUGACUUAGAUAAUCAAUACAACGAUGCGGGCCCUUCUUGUGACUCACUACCUGCUACUGGGACAAGUGGGACUAUUGAUGAUUUUAUGGCCAUGCAAACCAAUUUUGGUAGCUUUACUUCUUUGGUUCGUGCUGUUGAAGAUGUUCCACUGAGCAGGAUUAUGCAAGAUCAGUGUGAUUUGCAACUUGGAUUUGGUGGCCCCAAGCAGCAGAUCUAUCCAAGCUUUGAGCAACAGCUAAGGAUGGCCUCAGCUGGAGCUCCGCCUUAUGGGGGCAUGGGUAGGCAUGACUCUAUACCUGUACCAGAGCCAACAUUGAUGCUAGGUUAUGCACCACAGCUGGGUAACUGCCCCCCUCCGUUCCAGUUGGGCUGGGGUCCGUCCUAUUCGAAGAUGGUUGACAUGCUCCAAUCUGUGUGCGUGUGGUGCAAUAGCCCAUUCCAGCAUUUCGGCACCGUCGCUGAGCAGCAGGCAGAUUCUCUUGGUUACAUUUGCCCGUCGUGCAAGGGAAGUUUUCUGGUCAUCUUGGCAUCAACGGGCCAUCAAUUUGAGACCAGUUUCUUGUAA